GCCGUCCCUGCCAAUGCUGCGUUUCUUUGCUACACACGACUGUGGAGCUCACGCUCCCAGUCCUCGGCUGUUCUGGGCUUCGUCCCAGCCACGAGAUCAUUUGCAAAUGAGAAAUUCGGAGGAAUCUUCAACUACCCCAACCCGCCCUCUCUUCGUGUUUCAUGCGCGAAGUCCGAGGGCCGGUACUGCCCGCGAGGGCCUGGUGUGACCUACUCGACACACUUGCAUUCGGCAUCAGAAACAUCGGGGGACCCGGGGCCCGGCUGUGGCUUCCUCGGAUGUUGCAGCUGCUGGUCUCGAUACCCUAUGGGAGAGUCGGUCAGUGUUAUCUUUCCCCCUGCUCCCUGCGAUGCCUUUCGUUGUACUGCGCAGCGGGAUGUGGGUCUGGAAAGGAUUUUCUGUCGGUGGUGA